AUGGAAUGCCUAUUUACUCGACGGAUGGGACUGUCCAGGAUUAUGGAAAGGCGCAAAUUUAUUGCCGCUACACUGUUGAUCUAUCUUUCUGGGUUGAUCGAUACCACAUUGACGAAUUUUGACACUGUGAUAAUUGCCCCAUUUGUUGGCAUCUCUAAUAUCUUUCUCCUUGCCUUAUUCAUCAUGGCAGCUGGCCCCGGUUCUGGAGGCCAUAUCAAUCAGACCAUUACGUUUGCAACGCUUCUUACCGGCUUCACAGGCUUUUCUCGAGCUAUACUAUAUAUGACUGCGCAAACUGCAGGUGCUGCAUUGGCCGGUGGUGUGCUUCGUGGGGCGUACGGAAAGGCUCGCAUUGAGAAAUACCAUGGCGGUGGGUGCUUUAUUGACCCAAAUACUGUCUCCUCCGGGCAAGCGCUUCUUAUAGAAGUCGUUUCCAGUUUUACCCUGCUCUUUCUUUCGUUUGGUGUGGGUCUUGACCCCAGGCAAGCCCGUCUAUACGGAGCAUAUAUCGGACCCUUAGCCGUCGGAUGCGUCCUAGGCCUUGUAACAUUUGCUAGUGCUGGCAUCGUUCCAGGAUACACUGGUGCGUCCAUGUUCCCUGGCCGAUGCUUUGCCUUUGCAAUUGCGAGGGGAAACUUUUCAAAUCAAUGGGUAUGGUGGGUUGGACCGAUUGGGGGUUCCUUUUUACAAGCCUUCACGUACUGGGUUGCUCCACCAUACCACAGCGCCCCCGUCCCAGAUGCAGCACGAGAACGAAAAGAGACAAUGGCCUGACGUCCAAGCCGAUUCUUCUUGAAUCGAUAACGAGAUCGCUGAUAUUUG